CCCCUUCGACGAGUUUAGACGAGUGAUUUUGCUUGAGCUCGACCGUGGAGAAGGUUUUCCGGGAGUUUUUCGCUAAUAUAUUCAUAAAAUAGUUGUAGAAAAUAAAGCAUAAUCAUGAAUAUUUCAUCACGCAUCCACCAAACUAUAAAUCAGUGUUUAAUUAUCUGCAAAAGAAACAAAGGAGCCUUCCCGAGAUUUUACGUCAAGCCUAAGAUUCCACAGUUCUUCUACACAAAACCCAAGCCAGCUUUUGACAUCCACAAUCCCAAGAACCGGGUGGUCAAUAGCAUUAUCCCUCCGGACUUCAGGCAUGUUUAUCCGGAAUUUCUGCCGGAUCCGAAAAUUGAAUGGCGCAAUCCGGUCCGGGAGAAGCUCGAAAGGAUGGAUAUGCUGAACAGGAGGAAGCAAAUUGACAUCCCGGAAUUCUACGUGGGAUCAAUUCUGGCAGUUACAACUUCUGAUCCUCAUGCAGCCGGAAAGACCAGUCGCUUUGUCGGAAUCUGCAUUGAUAGGAUCUACACGGGGAUCCGAUCGGGCUUUAUCCUCCGCAAUGUCAUCGAUCAUCAAGGAAUUGAAGUGGACUAUCAGAUGUACGAUCCCACAAUCCAGAAAAUUGAGGUUCUUCGGCUGGAAAAGAGGCUGGAUGAGAAACUCUACUACUUGCGGGACUGCUACCCUGAAUACUCCACUUUCGAUGAGAAUAUGGAGGCAGAGAUCCUGCCAGAAGGUGCUUCAGUCCCUGUCAAUCCCAUUCAGGUGAGACUGAAGCCGAGGCCCUGGCUGGAACGAUGGGAGAGGCAGGAUCUCAAGGGAGUGUCCAAUGUCUUGGAGCACUGCAUUGAGAAGCAUCUCCGGAAGGCGAAGAAGGUGGAGACUCCGUGGGAGAAGUAUGACCUCAUGAAGCAGUAUCGAAGGACAAUUCCGGAGGAAGAGCAAAACGCUGUCUAUUCGGAAGUCUUCUCGGAAUUGCAUCAACUGGAGCUGAUGAGGAAGAAACUGAAGAGGAAGAAGGUCUUCAUGAGGCCAAAGAAGGCCUAAAAAAAGUUACUGUAGUCUCUGGAUUGUUAAAUAAAUAAUAAAACAAUAUAAACGAUAA